UGGCUGUCAAUUACUUAAAAUACAAAAUUUUCGAUAUAGCGAACAUUCAGUCUGUUAUAAAAUUUCACGUACCUUUCGAUAAGCGAAACAAUAGAAUGCAACCUAAAGUGGGGUUGGGUCAGGAGCGGGACGACCUAAAACUCAGGCAGCGCCCAACUUCCAUUGGCAUCGUGUGCAUGGACCUGGCCCAAUCGCUAGAUGCAAUUUUUGGCGCUGGGCAUAGUUGGCAUAGUUAUUUGCCGACAUCAUAUGUUAAGCACUUAGAGGCAUCGGGCGCACUGGUCAUACCCAUUUGGAUCGGACGUGAUCGCACUUAUUACGUGUCGAUGAUGCACCUCGUAAAUGGCGUGCUGCUGCCCGGUGGAGCUGUCUAUCUAGACGAUGAGGACAAGCCAGCCACAGAUAACCCGCGGCUAACCAAUGAGUGCGUAAAGACAAUUGAAUAUAUCUAUGAACUGGCACUGGAGCGAAAUGAAGCGGGAAAUUGCUUUCCCAUCUGGGGCAUUUGCCUGGGUUUUCAGUUGAUGAUGAAAAAUGCAGCGCGGCAAAUGAAGCGCACCAAAUGCGGAAAAAUAUUCAAUGCGCUUCCACUUGAGCUGACGGCCGACUAUCGCCAGUCAAAGAUCUUUAGUGGCCUUGCUCCGGAGUUGCAUGAACUCUUGGAGUCCGAGCCCUUUGCUUGCCAUCAGCACAAAUACUGCAUCACGGAGAAGAGUCUGGGCGCGGCUGCCGACGAUUGGCGCGUGCUGGCCACUCGCAAGUCGGCCAACGACGAGAUCUUCAUUACGCUCAUCGAGCACAAACGAUUUCCAUUCUAUGGCUGCCAAUUUCAUCCUGAGCGUGCCGCGUACGAGAAGCUCGUUGAACGCAAAGACCCAUGCAGUAAGUCCCACACUGAGACGUGCAUUCAGCUAAACCAACACUUUGCCAAUUUCUUUGUGACUGUCUGUGGGCAAAACUCGAAUCGUUUUGCCAACGAGGAGCAGCUCGCGCGCCAUUUGAUCAGCAACUGGAAUCCGGAAUCCUGUGGAGAAUAUGGAGAUGUCAACUGGCGGGAGGUCUAUCUCUUUUCCAAGGACGUGGACUAUCCGAAGGCUGUGGCAAAUUGAGCGCCUUUAAGUGGACCAAAACUAUAUUUAUCCGUAGUAGUUAAUGUAAUGAAACUUAGCCAUCGCGGUCAGGCGGAGCAACUGUAUGAGGGGUGAAAGCGAGAUAGUUGAGGCUGACGCUGACAUCAUUGAAGAAAGAUAAGGCAGCGGUGAUCGCUGGCACUGGCUUGUGCUUUAGGCGCGAGAAGCGGGCAUUGGCGUUGAUAUGAUAAAAGUAACGAGACAGAAAAUUGAACAGAAGUUGUCUGAAGUAUAACAAUACAUAUAUAUCAAUAUAUAUUUUACUGACGAACUCAAGCAGAAAUACGAAGUGGAGCUGAAAGGACGUACUUAGAGUUAAAUAUGUGCUGUGAAUAACUAGAUACAUUCACAAUUGCCAUGCGCAAUGAAAUUAAUACUACCUAAUGGAACUACUAAGGGAAAACUUGCACUGACACACUAGCUGAUAUAAAGCUGGAUGUAGUUAAUAUAGAUAUAGAUUACCUGAUUGGGAAAUGUGUUCAAAUUGUUUAAAUAAAAACG